CUUUUAGGAAAUAAUACAUGGUGUAAUAAGUAAAGAUAAAUAUGAAAUUAUUACUAGAAAUAUUUGGCCUAUUUGCAAUAAUUGCUAACAUUAAGCAUGUCAGUUGUAAUUGUACCGAUCCAAGUGCAAUAUUCCCCUGUACCGGCUGUGAACAAAAUAUCAUAAGUUGUAUCGGGGAGACAUUUGUUGAUUUGGACGCGAUAUUUACAAAAUUAAGUAAAACUCUGACUCCGGAGCAAAAACAUUUUAAACUAUUUUAUUUCGGCAACCACAAUAACACCAAGCUUACGGCUAACUUAUUUCAAGAUAUUUUGUUCGAAAAUAUCGAAUUCUUUGAUUCAGCAUUGACAGAAAUCCACCCUGAUGCUUUCGGUCAAAAUUACUAUUAUACAAAAUUAUUUAAUUUUUGGAAUGAUUGGUCACUACCACCACGUGUUUUAUUAGAUGUUGCUAUGAGAUUUGAAGUGGCUGAAAAAGUCAGGCUAUGUGGUGCCAAUUUAACUGGACUAGAUGGUGAUGUUUUCCGCCAGGAUCGAGGUUUUCAAAAAUUGAAUGGCAAUAUAUUCAGCCACCUAACAACGCUUACUUAUUUGAGUUUUUGGAAUAACGACCUCAUUUACAUUGGCGAUAAUGCGUUCGCCAUGGACGAACCCAGUAACUUGACCCUGUACAUUGAACUUCGCGACAAUCAGCAUCUUACGCCAUCAAGUUUCGCGCGUAAUUCAUUGAUCGGGAUCAAUCGACCCACCAAAAUCGAUUUGUCAAAUUCUCAGGCAAUUUCAAAAAUAACGUAUUUUCCCGAAGACGUGUUUUGGCCAUUUUUUGCCGCCAACCCGUUAAAUGAGAUUCGUUACUUUGAUAGCACCAAUUUCGAUUGCCAAGAUUGUAAAUCGUACUGGCUCAAACAGCGCGCGUUGUUCAAACUCUGGGCAUUCCCGUUUAUGAAGGUUUGGUGCCUGAUGCUCACCCCCCGGAGGACAUGUGCCCAGGGAGGACAGCACGGAAACCCCGGAACUUUUGUCAUAGGCGUGGUGGAGAUUUCAUUUAGUAAUACUAUGAUUAUCUGUGCGGAC